UGGCGGCGAGCGCUCGCGCGCGUCUCUUCAGGGUCUCCUGUGCGCUGGGGCUGGGCGUGCCGGGCAGGGUAGAGUUGUUUGAGAUUCAUGAGCCAACAUGCUUGGGAGAAGACCCAGGAAAAGUCCCCAGGCAAAGGGCCAGGGAGCUGCUGCUGCAAAGCAGCUGGGGCUCUUCGUAGAUUUCAAUCCUGAAGCAAUGUUGCUGGAUAUUGAGGAUGGUGGUGGUGAUGAGGAUCUAGAAGCAGAGCUUGCUGCUCUCACAGGAGAGAAGGUGACAGAAGGGAAGUCAAAACCCAAAGGGAAAACCCCUUUACCCAUGGAUCAUAUUGAAAAGAUGGCUGCAGAGUGCAUGAAGGACCUGAAUGAGGAGAAGGAGGAGGAUGAAGGUUUGGAGGAGGAUACGGACCUUUUGGCAGAAUUGCAGGAAGUUCUGGGCAAGCAAGACGAGACGGAAAGUGGUGAGGAUGAAACCAUAGCGAUGGAGGUGGUAGCAGCUCCACCAGUAAUACAGCAGCAACCUGAACUGCAGGCAGAGAUCACAUCUCCUGCUGUUUCCAGUGAAUUGCAGCGGACGAUAGAGGACAGAAUAGCUAACUAUAAGGCAGCAAUCUCUAAUGCAAAGGAGGCAGACGAGAGUGGCAAAGUGCGACGGUACGAAAGAGGCCUCAAGACACUGGAAACCAUGUUGGCUGCAAUGAAGAAGGGCAAAAAGAUCAAUGAGGAAGAAAUGCCACCCCCUGUAGCAUCGGGGAGAAGCUCUGCUAAUAUGCCUCAAACCACAGGAGCUGUGCCAGAGAGUUUAGGUGAUCCAACCAAAGUAAUACCCAAGGAGAAAGUGGAAUCCUCUGCAGACCAUGAGCUACAGCCGGUCAAUGAUAUGAAGUUGUCUCCGGGGUCAGCCUCUUUACAAUGUCAUGUUGCUGCUACUUCUGUCCUAGAAAUGGAUACCACAUUACAAGAUGAUUCCCUUAGCACGAGCACACGAACACUACUGGUUACAAGACAGACAGAGUAUAAAUUAGCAGCUCUGAAAGCCAAACAGCAAGGAGAUCUAGAGAAGGCAAAAGAAUAUAUGAAGACUGGCAAGAAAUUUACAAUGGUCUUAGAAGCACUGGACAGUGGACAGCCAGUAGAUCUCCAGGAUAUGCCCCCAGCUCCACAAGAUCUUGAAAGCCUGGAAAAGAGACCGGCUCCAUCAAACCGGAUGGCAUCUGUUCCCGUUGAAAAUUCCCAGCCCCUCACAAUGUUCAAACCUCAGGGCCAUGAAGCCUCAGUGUCUGCUCAGCAGCCAAAAACUGUGCUGGAAGCUUUGCAGCAGAGGUUGGAGAAAUACAGAUCUGCAGCAGCACAGGCCAAAGCAAGUGGGGAUGAUCGGAAAGGCAGGAUGCAUGAGAGGAUAGCCAAGCAAUACCAAGAUGCCAUAAGAACCCAUAAAGCAGGGAGAAAAGUGAAUUUUGCUGAAUUACCAGUUCCCCCUGGAUUCCCCCCCAUUCCUGGUGUGACACCCACAGAUGGCGACAGUACAAUAGCUGCCGUGCUGGAAAGCGCCAACCACCUGGCUAACAUGGAGGAGAAAGAAGAUGAAGAUGAAGAGGUGGAGAGCGAACCUCACACACAGGCCCCAGUUGCCAAGAGGCCUGCUCAGCUGCCUGAGAAGCCAACACAAGUUGUUAAGCCAAUUAUGGUGCCAUCUGCUGUAGCCCAGGAAGAGCACUCUUCUGAGAGUGUGAAAAAAGUUACAUCACCAUCCACCCCUAUAACAGCACCAGACAAAGCUGUAUCGAAUGACCAUCUCCCUUUAGCCGCAAGUGAACAGCUAGAAUUUCUGGAGAACAGGAAGAAGCAAUACUUGAAGGCUGCGAUCAAAGCAAAGCAGCAGAAUGACCUUGAACAAGCCAAGCUGUAUCUCAGGACAGCAAAGAACUUAGACCCAAAGAUUGAGCUGGCAAAAAGCGGCAAAUCUGUUGAUAUUUCCAAGCUACCAUCACCCCCUACAGAUGAUGAGAGUGACUUUAUCUUCAUACACCAUGAGGAUGUCAAACUCUCUCAGAAGGCAGAAGAGGUGUACACUCAGCUCAUAAAACUGCUAAAGGACCAGCAUGAGAAAUGUUUGCAGUAUUCCAGGCAGUUCAUGCAUCUGGGAAACAUAACUGAAACAGCCCGGUUUGAAAAACUGGCACAAGGAUGUAAAAAGGACCUGGAGAUUCUGCAACUUGCACAGGCCCAGGGGAUGGAUCCCCCCAGCCAUCACUUUGAGGAGAGAACCUUUAAAAUAAUACGGAUAUUUUCUGAACUCAACAGUACGGAAAUGCAUCUUAUCAUUGUCAGGGGAAUAAACCUGCCAGCUCCCCCAGGUGUGACACCAAAUGAUUUGGACGCGUUUGUGAAAUUUGAAUUUCAGUACCCUAAUACGGAACAAGCUCAGAAAAGUAAAACGGCAGUAAUUAAAAAUACCAAUUCUCCAGAAUAUGAUCAGCUGUUCAAGUUGACGAUUAACCGAAAUCACAGAGGCUUCCGAAGAGUGAUUCAGACCAAGGGAAUUAAGUUUGAAAUAUUUCACAAAGGGGGCCUUUUCAGAAGUGACAAGCAAGUGGGAACAGCACAUUUGAAACUGGACAAACUGGAAUCAGAAUGUGAAAUUAGAGAGAUAAUUGAGAUUCUGGAUGGUAGGAAGCCCACCGGAGGGAAACUAGAGGUGAAAGUGAGACUCAGGGAGCCACUCAGUGGUCAAGAUCUUCAAACAAUUACAGAAAACUGGUUGAUCCUUGAACAUUAGUUAUCCUAAGAUCCAGGAAUGCUAAAAGCUGCAGAAUCGAGUUUGUACAUAGGACACUGCUACCUGCGAGCACCAAAGAUGUUAAAUGAAUGCACUACUGGACAUAACAUGUCUUUAUUUUGGUAACUACCUUAGUGUGUGUUAAGUUUUAUAAGGCAAGUAUUGUAA